ACUCCCACUGAAGGCGUCUCUUCUCCGGACUGAACGUUGAGAGCAGACCGGCGGAUUAAACACUGGAGAGAUGAGCUCAUUUAUAGAUUAUUGAAUAAAUAGAAACACACACGACGUGUUUCCAUCGACCUGUAUUAAAUACAUAAAUACAGUCUGGAGGAGUUUUUUUCCUCCAAAGCUCCGCGCGGACUGAACCUCUGGAAUCCGGAUUUGAGUCCUCGUCCUCGGGUUGAAGAGAGCUGAGCACCGCCGCAGACAGGAAGUCACCGUUUGUUGAGGUGCGAGGACAUCAUGUCGCCCCCCCGCUGCCUCCGGAUGCUGCUCUCCUGCAUCCUGCUGGUUCUGCUGGUCCAGUUCCCUCAGACCCGGUCCAGACCGGCCACCGAGGACACGGACACAGCCGACGCAGUGAAAUCCUCUGAAGACGAGGAAGACGACGAGUCAUCCUCAGAGGAGAGCAAGCUGUCCAAUGAGCUGUCGACGAGCAACGAGAAGCUCCAAACGUCGGCGCCGCAGUGGGUGACGCCGGAUAAGAUGGAGAAGCAGCUCCACGCCGUUCCCGCCAGCAGGACGGUGAAGUUCCGUUGCCUGGCGACGGGAAACCCCGCCCCCUCGCUGCGCUGGUACAAGAACGGGAAGGUGUUCAGGAAGGACCAAAGAAUCGGAGGGUACAAGAUCAGAGACCACAUGUGGACUCUGAUUAUGGAGUCGGUGGUUCCGUCGGAUAAAGGGAACUACACCUGUGUGGUGGAGAACGAAUAUGGGAGCAUCAAACACACCUACCUGCUGGACGUAGUCGAGCGUUCUCCUCACAGACCGAUCCUGCAGGCCGGUCUGCCGGCGAACCAAACGGCGGUCGUCGGUCACAACGUGGAGUUUGUGUGUCGAGUGUUCAGCGACCCGCAGCCUCACAUCCAGUGGCUCAAACACAUCACCGUCAACGGCAGCCGAGAGGCUCCGGACGGACACCCGUACGUCCUCGUCCUCAAGACGGCGGGUUUGAACACAACAGAUAAGGAGAUGGAGGUUUUGACUCUGAGGAACGUGACUCUGAGUGAUUCGGGCGAGUACACCUGUCUGGCAGCAAACUCCAUCGGCGUCUCUCAUCACUCGGCGUGGCUCACCGUGGUCGACGGUACGUUACCACACUCGUGGUCUCAUCCUGAAGAAAGGAUCCACGUUAUUGAUCCGGCCCUCUCUCUCUCUCUGGUCUCAGACCUGCCUCCCGCCCCGCUGCCCUCUCAGACGUACCUGGAGAUCUUCAUCUAUUGUUUGGGUUUCUUCAUCAUCAUCAUCCUCACAGCCACGGCCGUCAUCUGCAGACUCUGCUGCGCCCCGAAGAAGAGCGAUUUCAGCAGCCAGUUAGCCGUCCAGAAGUUAGCCAAGAGCAUUCCUCUGAGGAGACAGGUGUCGGUGGAGUCUUCGGCCUCCCUGCAGUCAGGGAUGUGUUUGAUGCGUCAGUCUCGUCUCUCCAGCGGCGCCACCACCAUCCUGACAGGAGUGUCGGAGUACGAACUCCCCUACGAUCCCGCCUGGGAGCUUCCUCGUGACAGGUUGACUCUGGGGAAGCCUCUGGGUGAAGGCUGUUUCGGUCAGGUGGUUUUGGCCGAAGCCGUCGGGGUCGACAGAAAUAAACCGACGCGCCUCACGAAGGUCGCCGUGAAGAUGCUGAAAGCGGACGCCACAGAGAAGGACCUCUCUGACCUCAUCUCUGAGAUGGAGAUGAUGAAGAUGAUCGGCAAACACAAGAACAUCAUCAACCUGCUGGGAGCGUGCACGCAGGGCGGCCCCCUGUACGUGGUGGUGGAGUACGCCUCCCAGGGGAACCUCAGGGAGUUCCUCCGGACUCGCCGACCCGUCGGGUUGGAGUACUGGAGCGGGCCGAGGCAGACGACUCUGGGCAGUCUGGAGGUCAGGGAGCUGGUGUCGGCGGCGUACCAGGUGGCCCGCGGGAUGGCCUACCUCGCCUCUAGGAAGUGUAUUCACAGAGACCUGGCAGCCCGGAACGUGUUGGUCACUGAAGACGACGUGAUGAAGAUUGCUGACUUCGGUCUCGCCCGAGACGUCCAUCACAUCGAUUACUAUAAGAAGACCACCAAUGGUCGUCUCCCAGUGAAGUGGAUGGCACCAGAAGCUUUAUUCGACCGCGUCUACACUCAUCAAAGCGACGUGUGGUCGUUUGGAGUCCUGCUAUGGGAGAUCUUCACCCUCGGGGGUUCUCCGUACCCCGGAGUCCCCGUGGAGGAGCUCUUCAAGCUGCUGAAGGAAGGACACCGCAUGGAGAAACCCUCCGCAUGCACCCAGGAGCUCUACCUGAUGAUGAGAGACUGCUGGCACGCCGUCCCGUCUCGCAGACCGACGUUCACACAACUGGUCGAAGACUUGGACCGAACGCUUUAUCUCAUGGCCAACCAGGAGUACCUGGACUUGGCCAUUCCUCUGGUCCAGUAUUCUACCGUCGAGUCCUCCGUCUCGGCUCUUUCCUGUAACUCCACAUAGGCGUCCUGGGACCUUUUUUUUUUUUUCCCGUUCCUGGAUCACCUUCAUACCGUUUCCUCUGCUGCGCCGGGCGGACGGUGGCGACGGCGGCGGGCGGUCCCAGACGAGGCCUCGAAGCUGCUUCACUGUCGUCCAUCAGCGGCAGCCCUGAUGUGAAGAACAGCUGGACUGAGCUGGACCUCAGGAAGCAGCAGCUCAUUCAUAAAGAGUGAGUCCACCUGAGAGAGGACUGUGAGAGCUGCUGCUGCCCAUUGCAUCAGUGCUUUGGUUAUGUUAAUAAUAAUAAUAUUAAUAAUAAUAAUAAUAAUGUCCUCAGUGUGAAUAUUGUAAAUAAUAGUUUGUGUUAUAUGGAAGACCAAACUGGAUUCAAAAGAUGAAUAUGAAAUGAAAGGGAAAAGUUAAAAAAAAGGGAGAAUGAAUCAAAUGCACAACAAAAUGUGUGUAAUAAAAUUCAAUUUACUUUUUAUUCGUCCACCAUCUGCCACCCUCAUCCCUCCGCAAACAAUGUAUUACUCAUUUAUAGAUUUGUUUCUUUGUGCGUUUGUAUUCAUUAAUUUAUUUUGCACCAGUAUUUCAUGUAUUUCUCUGCAGUAAAGUCACAUUGCCAAAAAUGAUGUACACUUCAACAUUGCACUUAUCCUCCAGCUGAUUACAGACUGCCAUUUACAGAAAAUGCUUCUAGUUGAAUGUGUUAAAAUUAACUGAUUAACAACAGUAUUAAAACUAUUUUUUCUUAAUUUUUACUCGUUGACAUGUUGUGAUU